AUGGCCUCAUUAAAAGUUUAUACAGUGGGCAGAUUAGCCAGAUAUUUGACUGAUUCUUCUUUGACGAGUUUGCGGACGAAUAUCUACAGAACAAUGAUAUGUAAAUAUAGUACAGAAGAGAAAGCUGCAGUAAAAGAUGAUAAGCAGCUACCAUCAACUAUCGAAGAAUGUCACAAACAGUUAGAAAACUUAAACAAUGAAGUUGGCAACCUUAAAGAACAAAUUAAAGAAUACGACGAUAAAUAUAAAAGGGCAUUAGCAGAUAGUGAAAAUGUAAGGAGACGAAUGUUAAAACAAGUUGAAGAUGCCAAAUCCUUUGCAAUACAGAGCUUCUGCAAAGAUUUAUUAGAUGUAGCGGACACUCUGUCAGCGGCUGCAGAGAGUGUUCCGGAUGGUGUGGAGGGAGAGGGAGCGCCAGCCGCCCUUCGAUCUUUGAGGGACGGCCUGCACUUGACCAGGGCACAGUUACAGCAGGUGUUCAGUAGACACGGGCUCGUAGUGGUGUCGCCGUUGCGGGAGAAGUUCGACCCGAACCUACACGAAGCAUUGUUCCAACAAGAGGUGGAAGGUGCAGAGCCAGGAACAGUAGUGGCGGUGAGCAAGGUGGGCUACAAGCUGCACGAGCGCUGCGUGCGCCCCGCCCUCGUGGGCGUCGCAAAGGGCUCCUCC